GACGACCCAUUUGGUGCACGGUAUUUAUUUACAUUAAUUUAGAUUAUCGAGGUUAUAACUUUUUUCUCUUAUUUUAUUCAAGUUCAUAUACAUUUAUUAUUAUUAUUUAGAUGGAGACAGACCAAGAUGUACAGUGCCUCUGCUAGGCAAAAUGUACGCUACUUUAGGAACCAACUUGACUCCUUGCAGUUUCGAAACGUGAAUACAAUAAAGAAAGCGGAGCGUCGACUCGGUAAAGUUCCCGGAGCGGUUGCAGCAGAGGUUCGAGACAGCCUUAGGGGUGCUUUAGAAAACGUUGACCGUGACGAAAAUGAGCUUGUUGAAGACGAAGAAAUGCAUGGAGACGAGGAUGAGUUUGAUGCUGACGAGUUCGAGACUGGUCCAUAUUUCCCGCAAACUGACAAUACUCAACCCGGUCAAAGUACCCAAGAAGAUGUUUUUGGUGCGACACAAUUUGACACAAGCAAUUUGGGUGGUGAUAACUUCGCAUCCUCGUCCAUACCGCAUGACUACGAUAACAGGCCGGUGAUGGAUUAUUGGUUAUCAGGAAAAAUUCCUUACUCCGUCCCCGGUAUCAGUUCGAUGAAAUUGAUGGGCAUCGACAGUGAUAGGUUAUGGGAAAUUUUUUUCCAAAAGGCCAUUCCCUUGGGUUUACUAGAAGUAUACAUCGACGAUGCUCGUGCGGGUGGAGAUGAGGCCGGUCCAUCGAGACAUAUUGAUCGUGUUCGUUCUCGGGGGGAGACGAUUGCAGAUGAAGUUAUUGACAACUCUGACUCUGAUGAUGAUGAAGAGUACAUUCCUUCGGACGAUGACAUUGACACAGAAGAACAUUGGGUCAAUGAAAUGGAAGCUGAAGCUGAUGAAAGAGGAAUUUCUUGUGCCGUGUCUAGUGGCCCUCUUGCAAUAGGAACUGUAGUCGAUGUUGUCUAUGCAUCCGAACCGCCAAACCUUAAUGCCACGCCUGAAGAGACCCCGUGCUUUAAUGGACUUCCGAUAGUAUACCUUGUGUUCAUGUUCAUGCUGUUUACCACUAUUUUCGACAACAAGUUCCUCACAACAUAUUACCGGCUAGCUUUAAAGUUCUACCUCCCAAACGGCCAACAGAUGAGAUUCCACGUUCAGGGAGACGUCAACGCAAUCGAUACCAGGGCUUUACUAAAGCCGAUUUUCUCUCUGAGCAAAUACCAGCUCCAAAUCUUCCCUCUGCGGGAAUUUAUUCUCCCAUCAGUGGCCAGGUGAUCCCUUUACCCACCAUCGCGUCACAGACCCGGCGACACCCAUCCUUCCCUAAAUUUCAUCUGCACCGGUCUGAUUGAGGUAUGGUUUAUCAAUUUCAUCUCUUGGGAAAACAUCUUUGCUUUUAUAUCAUUCGAAUUAAGGAUUUUAGGGCCGGGGAGGAGGCUACGCUCUGUUGGAUGUGGUGUGAAAUGUUGAUAUUAGACCUUUGUUUCCCUGGAGAAGGUAACACAUACUCAGUAUGUUCCUAAUUUGCAAGCUGGAAAGUUAGUUCCUAGCAAGCAUUGCUUAUUUCCAAGCAGACUUUACAUUUCUGGUGAAUAACAGUCUAACCAUCUACUCCGUAUAUUGGAUUACACUUACACCAUUGAAGCUACUCUUUCAAAAUCUCUCAAUAUUGCAAUCACAGCAUCUUACUGUAGUUCAGCUACAGUAACUUGCAUUAUCCAACACUAUCCGCAAUUUUUAAAAUUAAGAUUUACUUCUCCAUAAAGUCACCCACUAUUAAGAAAAUACCUUUAUCUUUAAUAUUACAAUACAACUGCAACAACUCAAACAAGCAUAACUUUUAAUAGUUCUCAACAGUUGUUCUGACAGCAACACCAAUAAUGAUCAUACACCCAAAACCCACAAAAUUUACAUAAAAGAUAGGGGUAGGAAAUGAGUUAGGUAAUGCAUGCAAAUUUACCACCAUGUUUCUAUUAAAUUGUUUUAGAGCUUUACUGUGUUAGAGCAAACCAAUUCUUGAAAUAAAAUUAAGGCCUGGUUGGAUAAUGAAGACUUACUCUUAGCCAUUGGCGCUGGAUCAAGGUUUCAGAUGAUCCCUUCUUAUCUCUCAUUUUAUCCCACCCUUGCAAUUGGAAACAACCACACCCUUUGAAAAGGAGAAUAAAAGUUGAAAUUUUAACAUAUUUACUUUAUUACUUACUGCUAAUUAGACGAAUAUCAAGUAACUUGCUUUUUUUGUCAUUGUUACCCACUGUAAUUUCUCCAAAUUUGUCCCAGAAACUACUCUUAUGGGAUCGAGUUGGGUUGCUUUUGUUGUUGUUGUUACCCAGUGUAAUUUGAUUUAUUAAGUCUAAUAGAUGGGGGCACUGCACUGCCCAUUGACUAUGGCUGAAAUAAGUUGUAGACUGUAGU